AUGCCUGUUUCGUUGAAGAUGCUAGAGAAGGGGGUCGAACACCCUGAUCGCAUCGAGGGAUGGCUUGACGAGUUGAACAUUAAGGGCGCCGAGAUCGAUGAGAGCGAAUGCGCGACUGAUACCGAAGAAGAGGCAGAUUAUGGGCCAACUACGCCACCUCGACGAUUGGACCACCACUCUGUAUCGCAAGACGAGAUAUCGCAAGACGAGAUAUCGCCAACCGACACGUCCUUCUCCGGGCAGAGCAUCUUCGACAAACCACUCCGCAAGAAUCUGUUCGGCGGCCCAACGCCAAAUUUCGAGAUACGAGACGAUGAAUCCGAUACGACCAGUAUCGAUAGCCGUGACUGGGCACCAUCACAUGGCAAAGAACGCACACUGGAGCGGCUUGUACCUCCUGCCUUUGCUCUCCGACCUAGCAAGCCAUCAGCCAGGCCAAACCCCCGUGAAGCAGCCUCACAAACGGAUACAGACGAUCUCACAGCAGUACCUCAUCUUGACCCUCAACACACUCUUCCUCCACACGAUCCGAACGAGCCGCGACCAGUCUGGAUAACCUCUUGCCUGCAAUGCACACUCGCCGGCCUCCCCUGCUCACGAACCUACCCCUCAUGCUCACGUUGUAAGCGACACAACCGUGCUGAAGAAUGCCUCCUCCAGCGUCGACGCUUCACAUCCGAAGUUAUGGAUUCCUCGUUCUUGGGCAGGAGCACAGCGCCUACUCUGCUCAAAGUAAAAGGCGACGAUGAAGGCAUCUGGAAGCGCAAGGUCGAGCUGGCGGAGACGUUAUGCGAAGAAUGGGUUGCUGAUCAGGACAAGAGGAAUUGGGUGUUGCCGGAUGUUGGUAGUGCGAGAGGGGGGUGGGGUAAACGCAGGGGGAGGGGUGGGAAGGAGAAGGUGGGACAUCCGGGAGAGGGGAUUGGACGGUUGGCUUUUCGGGAGUUGUUUGUUGAUGUGGAUAGCUGA